AUGGGCACGCCGUCCAUACUCCGACUCGAUCUCAAGCCCAAAACCUGGUUGACGCUGGACUAUUGGAGGCUCGAAACACCACGGGCAUCAUUCGCAACAAAGGGCGGCUGGUCGAACGAAGACGUCGAUGUGGUGGCGCCUGAUAAAAGAACUUGGAAAGAAAUCGAUUACCUCUGGCUGUGGCUGGCAGAUGGUGCAAACGUGGGGACAAUGCAGCAGGCCGGGUCAAUUCUUGCUCUGGGACUCAGCUGGCGGGAAGCAUCUGCAGCAAUUGCAAUCGGAAACGUUCUUAUCGCAAUGACUGUGGCCUUGAAUGGUGCUAUCGGUGCUAAACAUCACAUUCCAUUCUCGAUUGCCUCGAGAGCAUCCAUGGGCUUCUACUUUUCGUAUUUUGCUGUAGCAUCUCGCCUUGUUCUAGGCUUGAUAUACUUUGGUAUCAACUCAUACAUCGGCGCCUCUUGUAUGCUCAUCAUGCUCGAGUCCAUUUGGCCGAGUUUAAGGACGUUUCCGAACACUUUAGCGGCAUCUUCAAGCAUUUCCAGCAACAAGAUGAUUGCUUACUUCGUAUUUUGGACCUUGCAGUUUCCUCUAUUACUCAUCAACCCGAGAAAGAUGAAAUGGCUUUUCUUUGUCAAAUCGAUCUUCGCUGUAGUAGCUGCUUUUGCCAUGCUUGGUUGGGCAGUCAAGACGGGUGGAGUCGGGCCUGUUUUUUCUCAGCCUGCGAGGGUCGUCGGCAACGCUAAAAGUUGGGCCUGGGUGAUGAGCAUGAACGUGGCUGUCAGUGGAAAGACCACGCUUGCCUUGAAUAUUUCUGACCUCACCCGCUACGGAAACAAGCCAUCAGUUGCUUACUGGCAACUUCUCUUCAUCCCCGUUGUCUACUGGACAUUCUCCUUCAUCGGAAUUGUCAUUGCAUCCGCCGGUCAGUCCAUAUACGGCACUUUAUACUGGGACCCAACAUCCAUCAUCGGCCUGUGGACAAACCGUGCUGCCGCGUUCUUCUGUGCUUUUGCCUUUGGUCUCGCAACACUGGGCACAAAUAUAUCAACAAACUCGAUCGCAACGAGCAAUGAUCUGGCGUUCCUUGUACCACGGUGGUUAAAUAUCCGGAGAGGCGCUGUUAUCACCGCUCUUGUUGGAGGCUGGGCGACUUGUCCAUGGAAAAUUCAGGCCAGUGCUAAAAGUUUGACUACAUUUCUCAGCGGGUAUAUCAUUGUUCUUGCCCCAGUCGUGGCUAUCAUGAUCUCCGAUUACUGGAUCAUUCAUCGUCGCCGGCUCCACAUUCCCAUGCUGUACCAGAACGACGGAAUCUAUGGUUAUUCGUAUGGAAUCAACUGGCGCGCGUUGGUCGCUUUGCUGGUGGCUGUUCCCAUCAACCUUCCGGGUUUAAUACACGCCAUCGAUGCUAGUGUCAAUAUUGGGAACUAUACAUACUUUUGUAAGCUUUUCCUGACAAUAUCUUCGAACAUCCCCGAGCAGUAUAUCCCAUGA